GCGAGAAAGAAAGAGGGAGAGUAACUGGGUGGGUGGAAAAUGUGUGUGGGAGAGAGAAAUCCAAUAUAAUCAGACUUCUUCUCCAGCUUUUUGUGUCUUCUUUCUUCUCCUGGGAUUUACGUCUGAUGCCAUGGUAACAGAAAUGGCUCUAAACAACAGUAUGAACAACCCUGAGACCCCCCGGCCCCCCGAGACCAUCGUGGGUAGCAAACACCCCACCAACGUGGGCGCCGUCAUCCUGAGCCUGGUCUUCCUCUUGGGCUUCCCCGGGAACGUCUUUGUCAUCUGGAGCAUCCUGGCUCGCGCUCGGAAGCAGUCCAUCACCACGAUCCUCAUCCUCAACCUGGCCAUCGCAGACGGCUCGCUGAUGGCCCUCACCCCGUUCUUCAUCAUCUACCUGGCUAUGAAGAGAUGGGUGUUUCAGACAGCGAUGUGCAAGAUCCUCUUCUACCUGUGUCUGGUCAACAUGUACGCCUCCAUCUACAUCAUCAUGCUGAUGAGCCUCUACCGGCUGGUGGCCAUCCUGUGGCCGCUGCGCAUCAGCCCCGUCACCGGCCUGAGGACCACCAUGCGGGUGCUAGCUGUGAUGUGGGUGCUGGUGAUGGUCGCCUCCAUUCCUGCGAUGAUCUUCAGAGAGUCCCGUGGAGAGCCGAUGGUGUGCGACUCCUUCCACGACAAAAACAGUGAUACGGUCCUGCAGUACACGCUGGAGCUGGUGUUGGGCUGCUUUAUUCCAUAUGGAGUCAUUUUAGUCAGCUACAUCUGCAUCUUACGCCGAAUCCGACAGUCCAAGUUCCGCCGUCGGAUUCGCAGUGAGAAGCUCAUCCUCGCCAUCGUGCUGGUGUUCUGUCUCCUGUGGUUGCCAUACCACAUCAUCAACAUGGUGCAAAUUACAUCGGCUUUGUGGCCAGAAGGUCAAGUAAGAGACACGCUGGAUAAAAUCUGGAAAAUCAGCCGUGCAGUCACCUCCUCCAUCGCCUUCAUCAGCAGCUCCGUCAACCCGGUGCUCUACUUCUUCGCAGGAAAGUCGUACAUCCGUCGGGAGGGGUUGGAGUUCAUGGCCCGCUUGUUCGAGGGCACGGGGAACGACUCGUCGAGCAGGAAGAGCCGACAGAACAGCCAGAACAGCCGCGACAGGGAGAAAGACGCGGAUGCUGUCAUGCUCAAGGACAAAGGCAGAGACUCGUUAACCAACUCCAGCUCUAACGCCAAAGCCGUGAAGAAUGGCAAGUAGCGGAAACAGGGGGCAAAAGACUGGAUGAUCAAAUAACUGAACCCCCCCGGCCUCUAACUCUCUCCUCCGUCCGCUCACAAGAACAUGUCAUGUUAAACGAUAAUAAGGGUUCCUCUUGCACCAGCUGGUUCCUGAUGAUCACAAGAAGAUGCUUCAUCACGUGGAUCCACUUCCAGAAGAUUCUGUCACAAACUCUGACCGGAAUGUGGACCAGUAGCCUGACGUUGUCAGACUCACAAUUCUAGUCAGAAUGUGAGUCUGAGACGCUCCAUUGGGCUGUGAUUAUGGGGCGUGUUUCAACUGACCAGGAAAUAAAAUUCCUCUUCGCUCAAGUGGAUAGACCUACAACCAAUCAGAGCAACGUAUUAUGUGAUGUAUGUUAUUUACUAACCCCGGGUUCACACCGGACGCUUCAGCGCAGCGUCAAGCCUUAAAUAACAGCUGGCUCCCAUCCACUCCCAUGUUAAACCUUUGUGCCGGUCACACCGGAGGCUGAAGCACCGCGCUGCCUCAAGGCUGCCUCACUCCGUGCAGAGAUCGUUUUCGGCGUCGAGUCUAUUUCUUGCGCUUGACGCGAGUGCAUCGCACCAGGAAACUCACUGAAAAAAGAUCUUAAACUAUAUGAUGACAUAUCUUAUAUGAUAUAAAUGAUCAAAUAUGCAUCCCAUACCUUGAAGUCCCCUUCUGUUGUCCUGGAGUUUUAAUUUGACCAAUGACAUUAUUAAAUGUCCCCCUCUGCCCAUCCACUACAGCCACACAAGCAGUGAUACAGAUAAAAAGAGAGAGGGGGGGGACUACGUAUUCUCCACAUAGGCUUGAGUGGAGAAUACGUAAUUUACCCCCGACACCCGACAUGUAACGGAGCAAACAGAGAAGUUCUUCAACAUGAAUGACAUUAAAUUAAUAAUUGAAGUGGAGAAGUGCAGUGAGUUGUAUGAUCCUCGGAACAUGUUGUAUAAAGACAACACCAAGGAGGACACAUGUUGGGACGCUGUUGCUUAAUGUUGGAGCAACAAGUAAGUUUAUGAUUUUAAUCUACUGGAUCAACGGGUGAUAUUAUUAGCGCUGCUUCAGUGUCCGGUGUGAACAGCCGAGCGCCGGGGAUGACGUGGUUGAUUACGUUACAGUUGAUCAUCUGUCCAUCAUCGUAUAAAGUCCACCCUGACAAUCUGAUUGGUCCGGAUGAUUUCGAACCGGGCAUAAUUUCUCUCCCAACGGAGCGACUCCAGACCGAACUUCCCGACCUCAAAUGUUGUGGGCGGGGCUAAGUUCGUCUGGCAUCCAGGCUAGUGGACCAGCUUACUGCCGGAGGCCUCCUACAGACUGGUUUACCACCAACCUCCAAAAGCAUCCAUCCAAAGACAAGUUGUUCCCUAUGGGGGGUGGGGGGGUGGGGCUGCGUGUUUCUUAUGUUUAUCUGUCAUUGUGAAAGUUUUUUAAUGAAUCUUUUUCCAAAUAUUCGUCUGUGUACUUUUCUUCUUGCAGUUUUUCACUUGUACUAAAACGUCUCAACGAACUGUGAAUCAGUGAAGACUGAGAGUUUGAGCCGUGUGAGGUUCAGGUUCAGGUUUGAGGCAGCAACUUGAUUUUGUCUUUACAAUAUUCAAAUUCAUGUGUAUGUGUUGAGAGAUUCUACCACAUUUCUUAUGUCUGUACGACUGCGCAAUGUAUUUUUGGUGACUUUUGAUUUAGUGGAUAAUGCUGUAAACACGGGGUUAACAAUUUUAUUACGUAAAAUGAUGCUAGCAGACGGUUGCAUGUUUUGUUUGUGAUCUGGAGUCCUGCACAUGUUCACUCUCCUUUGAGCUUGUUUUGGUCUCGACCAGCUCUCCAGCUGCUGAAUGACCUGAAUGACAAAAACUGAAGCCAUCUUGAUUGCUCCCCGGUGCCAAGCGGCAUUAUCAGUCGUGAGUCCAGCCUCCACCAUGUUAGUGGAUGGGACAAGGACCAAAGUAAAAAGAUCAAAGUUCAAGUUCAAUAUUUUUGAUCUUAAAAGAUCAUUUUCGGUAGCUCACGGCACUUUUACGUUCAAGAACUCAUUUUGAUUAUUAGUCAGACGUGUGUAGCAUCAUGGUGUCGGAUGGUAGCGUUCGCAUCGUGGAUCAUUUGUCAUCAUGUCUGAAUCGAUGGGGGAAGUGGAGACAUGCAUGAGUUUGCUUUUCUGCUGGAAACAGCUUCCUCAUGUGGUCAGAAACGAUUUAGUUGAGAGUGAAGCAAUUACUGGGUUGUAAAAUGUAAACAGCGUUUGAUUGCACUGAUGGAAACUGCAGACUUUGUUCAUUGUGUAAAUAUAGUUGUGUUAAUGCUCCCCUCUGAGCAUGCGAUGGAACGAUGAAAUGGAGACACAGCAUCGAAUAAAAAUCUUUUCCAUAACCUUCA